AUGUGGACGAAGAGGAAAACACUGCCUCCUGGACCAUUUCCUUUGCCACUCAUUGGUAAUAUUCAUGUACUCGCUUAUGAAGUGCUGAUACAGAAGAAAACUCUCGUAGAUAUUCUGAGUGAAAACAAGGAGAAAUAUGGAGGAGUGCUCACACUUUGGCUAGGACCGAUUGCCACCGUACACUUAUGCGAUUAUGACAGUACUGUGGAGGCAAUGGUCAAGAAUGGAUCGUCUUUCAUCAACAGAGAUUUGCCGUUUUUGUUCCAUUAUUCUAGAGGAGGAAAAGGACUUCUCGCGUCUAGUGGUUUAUUCUGGCAAGAACAACGACGUUUUGCUUUGCAUACUUUGAGGAAUUUUGGUUUAGGCAGAAAUAUUAUUGAAGAAAGAAUAAUGUUUGAAUUUGAAUUUACGUGCGAGGAACUGGAGAAGCAAAUGACAAACGGUCAAAUAUCCAUUCAGCCCAACCAGAUGUUUGAUCUUUUGAUUGGUAACAUAAUCAACCGACUGUUAUUCACGGAACGUUUCGAAAAGGAUCAAGAAUCAACGUUUUUCCGUCUAAAAAACGAUCUGGAUAAUAUUUUCGACAGAUUUGAGCCGUGGGAUGCGCUCAUCAACCGCUGGACUAUGAAUAUUCCAUUCUUCCGCCGAAGAGCCGAAGCUUUAUUGCAGCCUCAGAAUGAUCUUCUGAAGUUUCUGAGUGAGCAAGUUAAGAAAAGGCAAGAAGCUGUAGCAAACGGUGAGCAUGUUUUCGAGGGAGAGGGGGACGAUUUUGUGGACGCAUUCCUCAUUCAAAUGGAAAAAGAAGCAAAAUCUGAAGAGGCUAGUAGUUUCAAUAGAGAAAACCUCGAUCAUGUUUUAUUGGAUCUGUGGGCCGCCGGUCAAGAGACAACUGCUACUACUCUAAUUUGGGCUUUCGUAUAUCUUCUUCUGCAUGACGAGGUGAAAACCCGUGCGACAGAAGAGCUUCGCCAAGUGACCAAAGGAAGUCGUACGUUAUCGUUAGCUGACAAAAAUAGCACGCCAUACUACAACGCUGUGCUGACGGAGAUCCAUCGAUGCGCGGCAAUAUUUCCUACAAACUUACCGAGAAGAGCCGGUGAUAACGUUAGUGUAGGAGGACAUGUUAUCCCAAGAGAAACUUCUGUCUCAGCUCAGGUUUCAUUAACCAUGUCGGACGAGAGGUACUUCAAGAAUAGUGACCAGGUAAAUGUGGCUACAAAAUUUUGAAA